AUGUGCAGACCUCAUCCGACUCAAGAAGGGAAGGUCAUUGUUUUUCUCGAUACGGAAGGAAUCGAUGAUCCGGAGAAGGUUAAAAUUCAAGAAGACACUUGGAUAUUCCUUAUUGCAACGUUGAUUUGCAAUGUCCUUGUCUACAAUACAAAAGGCGUCUUUGAUGCAUCACACAUCAGCAAAUUUCAAUUUCUUAAAGUGGUUCAAUCUAACGUGACGGUUGCAAGUGGAGCAGAUGAGGACGACAGUUUUCUUGACUUCUUUUUUCCACAUUUCGUUCUCGUUUUACGAGAUUUAGGAGUCACGGAUACAUCUUCGGACGAUUUACUUGAAAAACGCUUAGCGUACAAGCCUGGGAAAUCGGAUAGCGUGAAGGAGUACAACGAACCCAGGCGACUUAUCCGAAGGUAUUUCAAGAAACGAACGUACUUUCAAAUCCCCAUCCCAUGCGUGAGGCCAGAACAAUUGGGUUCAAUGCCGGAUUCUAAGAUUGAGCCAGACUUUUUGCAACGGGUAAACGACUUGCACCAAUACCUUUGUGAAUGUAGCCCGAAGAAACUCAAAUCAGGAACGCCGGUAAACGGAAGAAUGCUGAGAACGAUGAUAAUAAGCUACAUGAAUUCCGUGAAGGAAAAUAUGCCACCGUGUUUAACCGAUGCUACGACACUGAUGGCUGCAGAAGAAAAUCGGUUUGCAGUAAGGAAAGCGUCAGAAUGCUACCAAGAAGAAAUGAAGAAGAGGAUUAACAAACACAUGCCAAAUGAUAAAGGGCUUGAAAUGUAUCAUAAUGAUUGUAUGGACGUCGCUGUCAACAAAUUAAGAGAAUUAGUUGUAUUAGAUGAUGGAGAUAUAUUUCACAGAAAAGCUGCACAAUGUUUCGAAAAUCAUUUAAAACGAUUCAAGUCAAUCGUAGAGAGAGACUCCCUUGACAGAUGCAGAAAAUCACUAGACCAGCUCGACAAAAAGAUUCAACGGAAAAUUAGAGAGAACAAGUAUGCACAUUCGCAUGGUUACAGCGAAUAUAUAGCAGACAUCAACACGCUUACUGAUGAAUUCAAGAAGCAAGAACGUUACCUUGGAUCGAUAGUAAAUGGAUAA